AUGCAACAAGAAGCUCGGAACACUGAAACCCACCAGCGAUCAUGGGCAGACAGCAAUCUUCGUCAUAAAACCGUUCAUUUUGUGAGCGCGGGAAGCUUGGAACCGACAUUGGAACCGACAUUGGAAGCAGAGGAGGAUCAAACAAAACUGGACACGGAUCAGGAGGACCCAAAGACCGACCAUAUACCGGAGCAAAAGCCCAACAUCGAGCUUCCCUUCUUCUUUGACUCCAAGGGACAAGGAGCUGUUUAUACUGAUCACCCGGACCCAGUACUGCAGUCGAAAUUAUCGGAUAUCGACGACUCGAGCGAGGAUGAGGUUGUGUUCACCGGCAGGAGGAAUAUAAAGCCCGUUCUCAUCGAAACGCAUCAGAGCGAGAUCCAAGAAAUUGUGCAGGCUACUACAUUCACGCAGAAAUCCCCGACAUCAGCACUAGACACUGCGCCUAGGGACCCUCCCCCUACCGAUACGCCCACAACCUACCAUGCAUCCAACACAGAGAGACCAGAAUGGCCACCAAAAGAAGAGACCGAUCCACUGGCCGACUAUAUUGCCAAUAUCGACGACGAAUACCUCGAGGAAGUGACAUGUAGUGCAAAGAUGGAUCUAGAAGGUGGCAUUGACGUCGAAAAAGCCGCAAUGCAACUAGAUCUGUCGGCCUCGAGCCCCACAGCGUUCAAAAUCGAAUCACCAAGAUCACCAGCUCAAAUACAAAUUGACACCGAACAUGACUCAAUUUCAACGUCAAGCGAAGAUGACAAGCACGACAUGGGUGUCUCUGAACCAGACGAAGACAACUUUGAAGAUUUCGUGCUGCUCGAGGAUCUGGCGAACAGAUAUUCCGGGUCCCUCAAGAAGGGUUCCCGUCGUGGAAAGCCUCCAUUUCCAUCGGCAUCGGCACUUGCGGAUGCUCUUGAGUCUGACCCAUAUUUCGGGUUUGACAUAAUGGACUUUGACCGGCCCAGUUUACGAAACAAAUCCAAGGGCAAGCAGUCCAUCCUCGACCCGAUACUAUCCGACAGUGAAUUCGAGAUCGAGCUACAGGAGGCCUGGCAGAACGACCGAACCAAAAAGAGGUUGCGUAAGAUGGAGCGGGAAGAGCUCCGAGCCCAAGGACUACUGGGGAGAAAAGCAGGGAACCCAGACCUGAAGGUCAAGUACCCCAAGGAAAUGAACAUGGAGGAAUUCAUGACCGAGCUUCGCUCAUUCCUCAUGUCCGCUAAAAAUAGCCUGUCCCUGCCGCCCAUGACCAAGCAACGCAGAAAGCUGAUACAUGAAUUGGCCAAUGCACUGAAUCUGAAAUCACAGUCACGUGGCAAUGGACUUUCUCGCUUCCCGGUUCUUAAUAAGACCGCGCGCACUCCGCGAUACACACCUAAGACAAUAUCUAACGUUGACGAGCUCUUAUCCGGGAGGAAGUUCAACCGUCGUUUGUUCAAAUCAUGGGGCACGGAAGUGCAGAGAUUCUCCCAACCAAAGCGUGGAAAGUCCGGUGCUGCUUCAUAUAUGGAUGGCGAUGUGGUUGGGGCCUCUGCCCCGGAAAUUGGAGCAGAAAAUCGAGGCCGGGCUAUGUUGGAGAAGAUGGGAUGGAGUACAGGUACUGCUCUGGGUGCCGCCGACAACAAGGGCAUUCUGCAGCCUGUCGCGCAGGUCGUGAAGAACUCGCGGGCCGGGUUAGGUUAG